CAGCAUCAGAGCGCCGAUCCCCCCGCGGAAGGGAAGGCGUGUGAUAACCGUUGCGUCGUCACACGUUAAACGUUUGUAUGAUUUUUUUCUUCUUCUUCCUCUUCUUCUUCACUUGGCCAACUUCCAGCCGGAUACAAAAAAAAAAGCUCUCCGCCUCUCAACCAGCAUGGGUUAGACACGCCGCGACCCCGUGGAAACGUCCACUUUGUGCACUUGGAAGCGAGGAUGGGGGGACUCGGACGUGUUCGCACAUCCUGACAAAGACGGCGAUUGUAAGGCAGAAUUUUGGGGAUUUUUGCAGCCUUUUGUCGCUCCUUUUUUUUUUUUUUUUUAGUUGUGGUCAACAUCACGCGUGUGUGCCAGACGUGGAGAAAUGUUGGCAGAAUUGCUGUGCAGCGCCGUGGCUCUGGUCCUGUAUGUCAACACUCUGCGUGCAGAUUUCUGCUAUGAUGACAGUCGUGCAAUCAAGACCAAUCAGGAUCUGCUUCCAGAAACCCCCUGGACAAAUAUCUUCUACGAUGACUUCUGGGGCACCUUGCUCACACACAGCGGCAGCCAUAAGUCGUACCGGCCACUGUGCACCCUCUCCUUCCGCUUCAAUCACGCUGCCGGUGGGCUGGAUCCUUGGGGUUACCACUUGGUUAAUGUGGGCCUCCACGGGGCAGUGACCGGCCUUUUUACGUGGCUGGCUCACCUGCUGCUGGGGGGAGGCUGGUGGAGCCUACUGGCCGGCCUGCUCUUCGCGUCCCACCCCAUCCACACUGAAGCGGUGGCGGGUUUGGUGGGUCGGGCCGAUGAAGGCGCCGCCUUGUUCUUCCUGCUGUCCCUGCUGUGCUACAUACGUUACUGUAAGCUGCGGGGCAACGCUGGACCAUUGCGGCUUCUGGCUUGGUUCCUAGGCAGCCUGAGCUGUGCUGCAUGCAGCAUGCUCUGGAAAGAGCUGGGAGUGACUGUGCUGGCCGUAUCGGCCCUUUACGAUGUCUGCAUUUUGCACCGAUUGAAGCUGCGACAGGUCGUCACGCUUCUUCAUAAGAGAAAUAAUGCCCAGCUGAUGGUUAAUGUAUUUCUGCUGGCAGCCUGGGGCGCGACCUUGCUGGCCUGCCGCUUCUAUUGGAUGGGCAACAAGCCCCCAAACUUCUCCAAUUCGGACAACCCGGCAGCGGACUCCGCCUCUCUCCUCACCAGGACGCUAACAUUUCUGUACCUGCCCGCCAUGAACUUCUGGCUUCUCCUCUGCCCGAACACGCUCAGCUUCGAUUGGUCCAUGGACACCCUGCCUCUGAUCCGGAGCCUUGCCGACUGGAGAAACGUUCAUACGCUCAUCUUCUAUUUGGGAUUGUUGUGGCUUGCUUGGUUCAGUGUGUGGAAGCAGCCGAAAGCCAAGAGAAAGGACAGCAAUGGUAAAGCUCACGUGUUUACCAAUGGAAAGAAUGGCAACAGCAAUGGACACAGUUACCAGGAUCAUGAGCAAGAACAUGUGAACUAUUCUUGCACUAGCGCUCACAAUGAACACGGUGCACAGAACGGUACCAAAAAGCCCCACGAAAGCAGGACUUCUCUGCCCAUCACUGAAAAUGUCGUGGUGUUCUCCCUCGGCCUUUUAGCUAUACCUUUCCUCCCCGCCACUAACCUCUUUUUCUACGUGGGCUUCGUAAUUGCAGAAAGAGUGCUCUACAUCCCCAGCAUGGGCUUUUGCCUGCUGGUCGCUGUGGGGUUGAGGUCUCUCUACAUCCGACUGCGACACAAGUCCUCCAAGACCUUGCUGGUUUAUUGCAGCGCAGCUCUGAUUCUGCUCUUUGGUGUCAAGACUGUUUUGAGGAACAGGGAUUGGGAGAACGAAGAGAUGCUCUACAAGUCGGGGAUUUCUGUUAAUCCGGCUAAAGCAUGGGGCAACCUGGGAAACGUCCUGAAGAACCAGGGCAAGAUGGAGGAGGCGGAACAGGCGUACAGAAAUGCGCUUCAUUUUCGCAGCAAUAUGGCGGACAUGCUGUAUAACCUUGGUUUGCUGCUUCAGGAGAGCAACAAGUUCUCCGAGGCGCUUCACUACUACAAGCUGGCCAUUGGGAGCCGGCCAACUCUGGCCUCUGCCUACUUGAACACAGGCAUCAUCCUGAUGAAUCAGGGCCGCCUGGAAGAGUCCAAGCGCACCUUCCUCACCUGUGCCGACAUCCCAGACGAGAACCUGAAAGACCCCCACGCCCACAAGAGCUCGGUCACCAGCUGCCUGUACAACCUGGGAAAGCAGCUCCAUGAGCAAGGACACCAAGAGGAGGCCCUGUCCGUCUUUAAAGAAGCAGUAAAGAAAAUGCCAAGGCAAUUUGCACCGCAGAGCCUGUAUAACAUGAUGGGAGAGGCCUAUAUGAGACUAAACAAACUGGCUGAAGCUGAACACUGGUACCGAGAGUCCCUGCGAGCCAAGCCGGACCACAUUCCUGCACACCUCACCUACGGAAAACUGCUUGCUAUGACAGGGCAGAAAUCAGAAGCAGAGAAGUACUUCUUGAAGGCCAUCCAGUUGGAUCCCACAAAGGGCAACUGUUACAUGCAUUAUGGUCAGUUUUUGUUGGAGGAGUCCCGUUUGCUGGAAGCGGCGGAGAUGGCAAAGAAAGCUGCACGGCUAGACAGCGGGGAAUUUGAUGUGGUCUUCAGUGCAGCUCACAUGCUCAGACAAGCCAGUCUGAAUGAGGCAGCUGAGAAGUAUUAUGGACAAGCGGCAAGCCUGAGACCAAACUAUCCGGCAGCCUUGAUGAACUUGGGUGCCAUCCUUCACCUCAAUGGGAAACUUCAAGAGGCCGAAGCCAAUUACCUCCGUGCUUUGCGCCUCAAACCGGACGACGCCAUCACUCAGUCCAACUUGCGUAAGCUGUGGAACAUCAUGGAGAAACAAGGCCUGAGGACCACCAGCUCCUGAGUUUUCAUGGGAAAAAAAGUCGUAUUUUGCCUCCUAAACUGACCUCAUUGACGAGGAAGACUCAAGAGGAGCCUCCGGCGCUCUUCCGGUGGCGCCGACAUGCACCUCAGCUUUUGACAGUGUUGCCAGACGUUAGGUAGACAUUCAAAUUGAAUAAUGUACCUCCUUAAGAACUACAGCACUUAAAAUUAAAACUGGGAAUGUUUUUUUUCCAUUCUUUGGAAUGAAGAAAAACAAAGUUUCUUCCAUCGCCUUUAAUGAAUAAAUCUGACAAUAAGGUAUUAACUCAAAACUAUCAAUAACAAUUGAGACAAAUUACAUGAUGAUGAUAUUUGAUGAAUGCGUGAAAAAAGGGAAUUAAUUUAUUUACAGCAAUAUAGAAACUUGGAAAGGUUGAAAAAAAGAAUAUAUGUUGCUGAUUACUGUUUUCUCUAUGAACAUGUAGACAGGAAAAGGAACUAGGACCUAUGUGAUGUAUUUAUUUUGCCUUAUCUGUAAAUGUUUGAGGAUUUUUUAUGGAGGGUGAAAUGGGACAAAAUUUAAUGAAUCUUUAAAUAAGUAUUUGUUAAUUAUAAUUAAGAUCAAAUACUUUGAUGUGUCAUUAAUUUAUUUGAUGUAAAAUACAGGUU